UUGUGUUUUUUUUUUUCAGCCCCAAGUGUAGCUGAGCAGCAACAACAACAGCAGCAGCAACAGCCAGCUGCACCAACAGUUGAUGUGAAAGUUCUUCUUGCCAAACUACAACGUACGGGAUUUCUUUCUUCAUUGAAGGCUAGCAAUAAAGGAAGUGAAGCCGGAGCAACGGACGAUUCCACCACUCGGCCGGUCACGCCACCAAUUCCAUCGGUGCACCGUUACGAAGUGACCGAGAAGCUGCCAACGCCACCAACGGACUUGAAAUCGUUCUCAAUGCGUGCCCUCAAAAUGUAA